UAGUUGUCAGAUAGUUAGUCAGUCUGUUACCAGGACAACCAGUGUCAGGGAGUCAUUGUUUACUCUAUCAAAUUUAACAUUUAACAGCGCUCCCACUCUUUGGAAUAUUCCAUUUUUGAAAAUUACAUAUUACAAAUAUGAAUAAGAAACUUUCACCAGAAGAUGCAUUCUACGAAAAUUUGACGUUGGGCCUGAUUAAAACGCUAUCAAAUGUGCCGAGAGUGUGCAAUGUGAGCCUGGAGCGUCGACAGCCCCUGAAUCCGUGCCAGGUGGUCAACUGGGAGCAACGACACUGUGUCUACCUGCCGGAGGACAUGAAAAAGUUUUAUCUUUCAAGCGAUGGCUUCGUGCUCAACUGGAGCUAUCAAUAUGCGCCCAGCGAUGUUCGACGCGUCGGCUACAUACACUUUCCGCAUCUGCUCCAGGUGACCCUAUUGCGGGAGAACAUCGAGAAUACUCACCCGGCAAGCGGCGCCCAGUCGACGAGCGGGGCCAGCGGGAGCAGCACCAGCUCUGUUAUAGCCAAGGACAAGUGGGAUAAUGCCACACCCAUCAUAACGGCCAAGACGAAAAUAUUUGAGAUCAACAAUAUCAACGAAAUGGCCAAGGUGUGCAUGUUGUAUGAGUCAACUAGUUCGAAUAAUCCACGGUUUUAUUUGCUCGAGCUGGGCACACUCAGCUGGCAGUUUCUGGCCGAGACUUUCAGUGAGUAUCUGCGCAUGGCGAUUGCGCACUUGGGGUUGCCCUACUGGGAGCUGUGUUUCACCAGCUUUGGCUUGCCUUCGUGGACGGAGCAGCUGUUUCUACUGCUGGCUCCACAUCUGCUGGAAAAGCACGAGCUGCGUCGCGGGCGCACCAUAAAUCCGGCCUGCGAGCACCCGUACAAUAUCAUCGAUCCGAACAUAUUUCGCAGCAAGCCCAAAGGCAUGGCCAAGAACCCGACCAGCAGUGGGAAAGCACACAACAACAACAAGUGAAUCCUUGUAGCAAAAAUAAUUUUUAUAUUUUAACAAGAAAUGCACACAAAACAAGAUUCGCAAUUGUACUGCAACAGAAAAUGGGUUCGAAGAAAUUCCGACGAGAUCUCAAUAAAAAUCCGCACUUUUAUCUUCCAAA